GAAGACUCGAAACGCACCGUAUUCCAAAACGAUGAUCUAAGCUUAGUUCCUUUCUAGACUCAUGAAGUUGUUUGAGGGGAAAGAAAACGGGGGGUGCAUAUGGAGCCUUUACCAGUAUCUUAACUGUUUCGGCAACUGACAUGUGUUUCUCAAAAAGUGACUUGAAGUGAGUGGGGAAGUCUCAGCAAUGCAGUACAAACACAAGAGGCACUGAUUUUGCGCGUAUCGUCCGCGGUCUGUCCAGGGCUGGGUCCGUUAUCGUUGUAGUUGGCGGAAACCGGCUGGCCAAGAUGUCUGGGGAGGAACGGGAAUACCCCGAGGCGACUCUGGUAACAGAGGCCGGGCCACAGUGGCUUCAAGCGGAGAUGGAACGUCUAUCCCGGGAGUUAAGUGAAACGACCCAUGAGAAGAUCCAGGCAGCGGAAUAUGGGUUGGCGGUUCUCGAGGAGAAACAACAACUCAAACAGCGUUUUGAUGAGAUGGAGACCGAGUACGAGACAGUUCGGCAGGAACUCGACCAGCUGAAGGAGGCGUUCGGCCAGGCCUACUCCACCCACAGGAAGGUGGCGGCAGACGGGGAGAGCAGGGAGGAGUGUUUGAUCUUGGAGUCGGCAAGCAAGGAGGCCCACUAUCAGAGGCUGGUGCUGGAGCUGCAGACUGAGCUGAGGCAGGCCAGGGACACCCUCGGCUGCACCCAGGCCGAAAACGAACGCAUGGCCUCUGUCGCCGUGGAGAUGAGAGAGAGCUGUGCUCUGGUGGAGCUGCAGCAGGGCCAGCUGCGUGCCGACAUCAGGGAGUACAAGGUGCGGGAGGCGCGCGUGCUGCAGGACUACAGCGAGCUGGAGGAGGAGAACAUCUCACUGCAGAAGCAGGUCUCCCUGCUGAGGCAGAGCCAGGUGGAGUUUGAGGGUCUGAAGCACGAGAUCCGUCGCCUGGAGGAGGACUCCCAGUGUCUCCACAGCCAGCUGGAGGAGGCCCUGCGUCUGAGGGAGAUCUCCGAGCGCCAGCUCUCCGAGGCCCUGGAGACCAUCAAGACCGAGCGCGAGCAGAAGGCGGCGCUGCGCAAGGAGCUCUCCCACCACAUGACCAUCGGGGACGCCUUCUACCACGGCCCCCUGGGCGGCGUCUCGCUGGACGGCCUCAGGCUGACCGAGGACCCCUCUUCCCCCGGCAGCGAGCCCGACCACGGGGCCCUGAUCCGGGGGCUGGAGAACGGUGUGUCCAGGGGGGGUGGCGGGGAAGACCACGAGGGCGUGGGGGCGAAGCGAGGGGAGGCCUUCAGACCCGCCCCCAGCCUGGUGGACGACCUGCUGAGUGAGCUGAACAUCUCGGAGAUUCAGAAACUCAAGCAGCAGCUCAUGCAGGUGGAGCGAGACAAGGCGUCUCUGCUGUCCUCGCUGCAUGACUCCCAGAAGCAGCUGGAGCAGGCUCACGGCUCCCUGGACGAGCAGAGGGAGACGGUCGGCCGCCUCAGCGAGAACCUGAGCGCCAUGCGGAAGCUCCAGGCCAGCAAGGAGCGCCACUCGGCCCUGGACAGCGAGAAGGAGCGCGACAGCCGGGACGACGACGACGGCGGCGGCGGCGACUACUACGAGCUGGACAUCGACGGGCCGGAGAUCCUCCGCUGCAAGUACACGGUGGCCGUGUCCGAGGCGGGAGACCUGCGUCUGGAGCUGAAGGCCCUGAAGGCCGAGUACCAGGAAUGCCGAGCCCGGUACGACGAGGAGCGCGGCCGGCUGGAGGCCCACGUCCAGGACCUGAGCUCCAAGCUGGCCUCCCUGGAGGAGAGCAGCCGGGUGGAGCACCAGGAGGUGGCGAGGCUGGAGAAGGAGCUGAGGCAGGUGAGCGAGGCGGCGGGGGAGUCGCAGGGCAGCCUCAACGUGGCCCAGGACGAGCUGGUGGCCUUCAGCGAGGAGCUGGCCAACCUCUACAACCACGUGUGCAUGUGCAACAACGAGACGCCCAACCGCGUCAUGCUGGACUACUACAAGGACGGCAAGGCUAGCAUGGGGCGGGGCCGCGAGGGCAGGGGCCGGAGGUCGUCCCCGGUCCUGCUCGCCAACGGUCUCGUACCGGAGUCGUCCGACCCCGGGAACGCCGGCGACGCCGCCCCGGCCUCUACUCCCUCGACCCCGGCCCCCGAGCCUCGCGCGGAGCCCAUGAACAUCUACAACCUGGUGGCCAUCAUCCGCGACCAGAUCCGUCACCUGCAGCAAGCAGUGGACCGAACCACGGAGCUGUCCCGCCAGAGGCUGGCCUCCAUGGAGCUGGGCUCGGUGGCAGACAAGGACAAGGAUGCCUGCAUGGGGGAGAUCCUGAAGCUCAAGUCCCUGCUCAGCACCAAGAGGGAGCAGAUCGCCACCCUGAGGACCGUGCUGAAGGCCAACAAGCAGACGGCAGAGGUGGCGCUGGCCAAUCUGAAGAGCAAGUACGACAUUGAGAAGACGAUGGUGACGGACACCAUGAUGAAGCUGAGGAACGAGUUGAAGGGUCUGAAGGAGGACGCCGCCACCUUCUCCUCGCUACGCGCCAUGUUCGCCACGCGCUGCGACGAGUACGUCACCCAGCUGGACGACAUGCAGAGGCAGCUGGCUGCGGCCGAGGACGAAAAGAAGACCCUGAACUCGCUCCUUCGCAUGGCCAUCCAACAGAAGCUGGCCCUGACUCAGCGCCUGGAGGACCUGGAGUUCGACCACGAGCAGGCCAGGCGCAGCGGCGCGGGCGGCCGGGGGAAGACCUCCGCCAAGGGCCGAGGAGCCGCCAACCACCACUAACUAAAUCAUGCAGAAUUCUUCAGGUUGUAUAUGGCGUACCUUUCACCGUGGUGGAGAGAGAACCCUGCCGCUGACUAUACAAAAGCACACACGCACACACUGCCUUGUGGUAGACACACACACACACACACCAUUGAUCUUAAAGACGGACGUGAGUUUGGUGCAUCAGUGAGGCUUCCGGAAUCCAGAGUGUGUGGUUGUGGACCUCCAGACCCCACCAGUCCCCCUCCCUGACUCCACCUGCCCCCCUCCCUGACUCCACCUGCCCCCCUCCCUGAC